UCGCUCCUCCUGCGGGAGCGCUGACCCGAGCGAAGGUCGAAAGCGAGGCUACGCCGCGAUCGGCUCCCGGGUGCCGGCGGGUCGGAGGUUCGUGCCCCGGGGAGGGAAGAAAGAACCAGUCAGCCGGUGCCCUCCCCCCUCUCCCUCCCUCCUUCCCUCCCUCCCCGUGCCCACCUUUUGCCCGCCAGUCAUUCCCAGGCAAUCUCUCUCUCCACCCUCCCUCCUCACCCCCCCCCUCUCUCUCCCUUCCCCUUUUUUUCCAUCCUCACCUUCCUCCCCUCCGGAUGAAUCGACUCCAGUGAAGACCCCGAAAAGGACAGCCCCGGAUUCCCGACUCAACUACACACACAACAAAAAAAAACACGCAGAGGACGCCGCUGCUUUUUUUUCUGGGACCCCGCCCGCCCUAUUUCUGAUUUAAUUUUGGAAAGUGGUUUCCAGGUUGAAAAGGCUGGAACUCCACAGGCACCAAACUGCCCACAAUGCGCUGUUUAGCGUUUGCCGAAGGAAGGGUGUAAAUGGAUUUUGUCGAACAAGAGAGAAUGGCUCAUGGAAUUCCUUCGCAAGGGAAAAUUACCAUCACGGUGGACGAGUACAGCUCGAACCCGACUCAAGCAUUCACUCAUUACAACAUUAACCAGAGUCGCUUUCAGCCGCCCCACGUGCAUAUGGUUGACCCUAUCCCAUAUGACACUCCAAAACCAGCAGGCCACACACGGUUUGUCUGUGUCUCAGACACACACUCGCGAACAGACGGCAUUCAGAUGCCGUACGGGGAUAUUCUGCUCCACACGGGCGAUUUCACAGAACUGGGACUCCCCACUGAGGUUAAGAAGUUCAACGAUUGGUUAGGAACCCUUCCCUAUGAAUAUAAAAUAGUCAUCGCUGGAAACCAUGAACUGACGUUUGAUAAGGACUUCAUUGCCGAGCUGGUGAAGCAGGAUUAUUACCGCUUCCCGUCUGUUUCGAAGUUGAAGCCCGAGGACUUUGACAAUGUCCAGUCACUCCUGACCAAUUGUAUUUACGUGCAAGACUCAGAAGUGACGGUGAAAGGAUUCCAGAUAUAUGGUACACCGUGGACCCCCUGGUUUAAUGGCUGGGGUUUCAACCUGCCUCGAGGGCAGUCUCUGCUCGACAAAUGGAAUCUAAUUCCAGAGGGUAUCGACGUUCUCAUGACUCACGGCCCACCACUGGGUUUUCGAGACUGGGUUCCCAAGGAGCUGCAGAGAGUAGGCUGCGUCGAGCUCUUAAACACAGUACAGAGGCGAGUUCGGCCAAAGUUACACGUCUUUGGAGGAAUCCACGAGGGUUACGGGAUUAUGACAGACGGAUACACCACGUACAUAAAUGCCUCCACUUGUACAGUUAGUUUCCAGCCAAUAAAUCCGCCCAUUAUCUUUGACCUUCCAAAUCCACAAGGUUCCUGAGCACCAGCCCUCUCACCAAGGUAGAGGGCCCAUGAACUGCCAUUUUUUUUUUCUUUAAUGGAAAGUGUGACUUUAAGAAAUAAUAAUAAUUCUGUUAAAUGUUUUUCCUUGUACAACCUGAUUAUUUUUUUUGUAAAAAUGCUGGUACAAAUCGUAGAGGUUGUGCUGUUAAUACAGAUUGGUUCUCUUAAGGCUAAUGAAGCUUUGUGACUUUGUAAGGGCUGAACUAUGAUAUUCUGUUCGCAUCUGCUGGUUAAACUGUUAAAGAUAUAAUUGCAGUCAUUUAAAUGUCAGCUUUUGAUUUCAGUUGAAUUCAGAUUUCUGGGUGUUGGGAAUGAAGGUUCUAAAGAACCCACCAUGGACAACAAUCCCUUGGGGUGAUGGAUGAUUGUAAAUGUGAAUUCCUUCUGAAAUUCCUCUCUUCACGUUCCUACUCUUUUAGCCAGAGUUUCCACCCAGUUUUAAUCAAGUGGCUUGAGGACUCUGCUUAAGGAUGGCGGAGGAAGCAAUUUUAGACGGACCAAUUGUCGCUAAGCGUCCCUGUGUUAGAAUCAUCCCCCAAUUCAUGCCAGCAGUUUCUCUCGGUCCUUCUGUUUAACUAGUCCCUUGUAAUUCAUUUCUAACAGAAAACCAAUAACCGAAAGGCUUUAAUGAGUGCAAACAUGUCCAUUUAUUGUAUGAGUUUAGCAAACAACUUAUUUCCUUCAGUUCUUAACUGUAUUUACCACUCCAGGCUAGUAUUUUUUUGCUUAGAUAUCUUUAUUAUUCCCAAGUAGCACUUACCAGUUGAAUAACUGAAAAACUUGUUGCAUUUGACCAACAUUGGCGAGUCCCAUGAGGGAGGGGAAUGGGUUUUAAUGGCUAGAUAAUGGAUUCAUCCCUCAGUGAGAUCUUGGUGAACUUUCCGCUGGGAUUCUGUGCCUAAGCAGAAUGGGGAUCCGAGAAAUCCAAGGUCAUGUUUCAUUCCUGUGCCAGGGAGCAGAUACGAGGGUGGAUGGGGAUAGAUUAAGAGUCCACUUAUCCAAGAAAAUGUGCAAGGUCAAUUUUGUCACACCUGUAAAGGCAAAAUAUGACCAGAAGGGCCUUCAAAACCUACCAAAUCCAAACUCUUUGUAUUCAGCUAAAGAUUGUGUUGUCUUCUGGGAAAGGCACAUGGUGAUUUGAUUGACAAGCAGAAUUCACAAUGGAUCCAAAACCAAUCUUUAGAAAGAUUAGCUGUGUCACUUCUUUUGUUUUUCUUUUGACAGAAAGACAUUUAACACAACCUGCAUAAAAUAAGAUUAAGCCUCACUGUGCAAACAUGGGGUGCAUUGCCACUUUAAGAAAGUAACACUGGGCUCUCACAUUUCUUUGCCUUUCCUCUCCUCCACCCCAUAUGGUUUCAAUCCCAAACCCAUGGGGCAACCUUCCACAUGUCCCAGCCUUCAACCAACAUCAAACAGUCACAACACUUUCCCUGUGACGGGAUUUAAAGUCCAGAACCCCAGUUCUCAUCUUGUCAAGAGUUUGGCGAAUGAAAGUUUCUUCCGAAAUCUGGUGAGCAUUUUGCUUCCAAGAACUUCAUGACGCCACCAUUCGUUGAGUUGAAACAUUCUUCUACUCGUUUUUUUGGAGAUUGCAUUGUGCUCUGAAGUUCGGGCAUUGAAUGUACCGAGGCACUCUUCAAAGAAGAGUGACUACUGUUCUCCCUCGAUACAUAACUACAUUGUAUUAGGCCACAACAACUGGCCCACUCCACAAUGUGUUCCGUCUAAUCCAUCAGAGAUAUCCUUUUCACCAUGGGCUGAAUGGCCUCCUUUGAUGCUGUAAUUGUCUGUGAUUCCUCAUGAGUUUAUCCAGGUUCCCCUUAAAUGCAGACAGCAGAGGCUGGAAUCUGGAGCAACAAACAAUCUGCUGAAGGAACUCAGUGGGUCGGGCGGCCUCUGUGAGAGGAAAGGAAUUGUCAACGUUUCUGGUUGAAACCCUGAAUCAGGAGUUCCUCCAGCAGAUUGUUUGUUGUUCCAGAUUCCAGCAUCUGCAAUCUCUUGUUUGCUUUUUAUAGCAUUAUAACUGGCUUUAUAACUACUUUUAGUGAAUUGUGUAUCUAGACUGUCCAACCUCAUUGUUUGUCCAAUGACACUUAUUUUCCGAGAAGAAUGUGGCCCCCUCCUUCUUGAUCACACUUAUUUACAUUGAAGUUAACUUGCCGUUUACAUUCACAGUUCCCCUCAGUAUUAACUGCAAUCCACUACCCCAUUCCCCAAGUUGAUGUCUUCUCCAAGUUUUAAGACUGUACUUUGAGGCAUGAGGUGGUGCCUCAGGUAAUGUGGUUGACAUGGAAUAUCAGAAGCCAGUGAAGAGGCAUUCAGUCCGAGGUACUAUUAGAAACAAACCUCAGAGGGGAAUUUACCUGAGAAGGCUAAAGUUCUGGGAAAACAUCUAGAAUACUGAGCUGAAAGGAUCAUUAAACACUCCAUUAUCUUUUGAUUUCCAGCUCUCUAAUUACGACAGUUAAAGGAUUAUCUGCAGAUUAAAUGUGUAUAUUUGAAUCUA